GUCAUUACUUACUUUAUAAGUUAGGUUGGGAUUUCUAUUCUAGAUCCAAAGAAUACCCCAACUGGUCAGCAGGAAAGGAGCAAACGUGUCCCUGUCUUCCGGCAGCAGCGCAAAGCCACGUCACUUGUCAGACCACCGCAACACCGCGCCGACCAAUUAACGCAAAGAAAAGUACUUUAGUCACAUCAACAACCGUUGUCCCUGUUCACUUCCCCAAGUGACACCACGAACGAUUAUACCGUGUCAUUUUGAAUAAUGAGAAAAUAUUUCAUCGGGUUUAUUUCCAUUUCGUGUUGGCGGCGGACAUCCGGCCCAGAGGGGGCGGCAGUGAGCUCCGGGCAGCUAAGCUAGCUACAUGUUUGCGCUCCGCAGGAGUGGCUCAAAUGUUUCGACAUCAGCUCGCCCGGCGUGAACGAUAGCGGCCGAUCUGACUACAUGGUGCUUGGACUCGGAAGCUAACGUCGGGAUUAGCUUUUCCAAAGGAACAGACGCUCAUUUAUGUCCCUUUGGAGCCAGCCUGUACCGCCAUGGCUCUCUACGAAUAUGUCACCCAGGACCAGCUCGCGGGCUUCGACAAAUACAAGUACAGCGCAGUGGACUCCAAUCCCCUUUCAGUCUACGUCAUGCACCCUUUCUGGAACUUUGUGGUGAAGUUUCUCCCGACAUGGUUGGCUCCAAACCUCAUUACGUUCACAGGGUUUAUGUUCCUUGUGUUGAAUUUCCUUAUGUUGGCCUUCUACGACUUUGACUUCACUGCCUCUGCUGCAGGACAUAAACACGUGCCUAGUUUGGUCUGGGUUGCUGCAGGGAUCUUCAACUUUUUGGCCUACACACUCGACGGCGUUGACGGUAAACAGGCGCGUCGCACCAACUCCUCCACGCCACUAGGGGAGCUGUUUGACCACGGCCUGGACAGUUGGGCCUGCAUCUUCUUUGUGGCGACGGUUUACUCCAUAUUCGGGCGCGGGGACAGUGGCGUGGCCGUGGCCACCCUGUACUACAUCCUGUGGGUGGUGCUGUUCUCAUUUAUUCUGUCGCACUGGGAGAAAUACAACACCGGCAUCCUGUUUCUGCCGUGGGGGUACGACAUCAGCCAAGUGACGAUCUCGCUCGUUUACAUGGUCACUGCUGUGGUCGGCGUGGAAACCUGGUACCAGCCAAUCCUGUGGAGCUUCCUGUACAGAGACCUCUUCACCUUUAUGAUCAUCGCCUGCUCCUUUACGGUCACCGUACCCAUGAGCCUCUACAAUGUCCUGAAAGGUUACCGCGCAAACACUCUGAAGCACAGCAGCUUGUACGAAGCCUUCCUGCCCUUCCUGUCGCCCGUCCUCCUCUUCCUCCUGUCUACCGUCUGGGUGGUCUUCUCUCCAUCCGACAUACUCGAGCUGCAGCCCAGGGUCUUCUACCUCAUGGUGGGGACAGCCUUCGCUAACGUUACGUGUAAACUGAUUGUGUGUCAGAUGAGUAACACGCGUUGCCAGGCGGUGAGCUGGCUGCUGCUGCCCAUGGCGCCGGUGGUGGUGUUGGCGGUGACCGGGGUGGUCGCCGACGAGGUCGCACUGCUUCAUCUGUGGACAACGGUGGUCAUACUAGCACACAUCCACUACGGCGUUUCAGUGGUACAACAGCUCAGCCAUCACUUCAGUAUCUUGGCCUUCUCCCUGAAGAAGCCCAACAGUGACUGACAGGAGGAGGAUCAAAUUGGCUUGAAAGCAGCUGAGGUCUAAGCUCCGCCUCUCUUCGGCUUAUCGACACUUCACUGUCUUCACCAGGGAAACCGCAUCCCCGAGCCCACAUCCAUGAGGACACUGCAAGUGGAAGGAACUGUCUUUCCGCUGUUCUCAAACGCACGCCUACACACACACACACACACAUGCACACACUCCCUCAGAGACACACAAUCAAUCCCACAUUACCAACCACACUCUGGGUCUGCGAUGGGGCUCUGGCUUCCGUCAUUGGUGAUUGGCCAACUUGUUGAUCCAAUGAGGUGCAAUUGUUUCCUAAGGAAAUAUGCUUCAGUCAUGCGUACAGGAGCCCCACAUACACAAACAUACAUGUAUAUACAUUGUUCUGCUAUAGUGCGGAUAAUUUCUUUCUUUUGUGGCAGGUAUUUCAAAUACGCA